CAUCUGCGUCGCUAUUUGCACCUCUCCAAAGCAGACCAGACAAGCACAAGUCGAGAUGCCGGAUCGCCCUCCUUUUCCUGGGCGUCCUGCUCAACCUCCCGGUCCUACCUACCUACAGUAUUCGCCGGACGGCCAAAGACUUAUUGUUGCGGGUGUGGGAAACUUCGCUCGAUCCUUCAGAACCGGCGAUAAUGGCGAGCCCGAUCUGCUGCCCGAGACCCAUGAGGAGACCUAUGCUGUGGCUUCAGGAAACGACUACGUAAUACUCGGGUGCGAAGACGGAACUGUAUGCGAAUACGCUGUACCCUCGGGAGACCUGAAGCAGAUUCUUGUCAGAACCACAUUGCCUAUCAGAGAUGUCGCUCUGUCUCCUGAUGAGCAAUGGAUUGCAGUGUCCAGCGAUGAAGUCGAGAUCAAACUGGUCAAUCGCCGCAAUAUUGAGGAUAUCUUCGUCCUCCGCGAACACCCCAAACCCAUCAAACACUUGACGUACGAUCCUUCCGGCGCGUACCUUGCUGCGUCAUGUACGAAUGGCGUUAUCUACAUCUACUCAACGACGACCCCGGAACCCUCCCUAUUCAGAACAGUAGACGGAGUCAUAAAUCGACUGGAGACAGCAGAAACCACCACUUCAAGAUGUGUAUGGCACCCAGAUGGAAGAGCUUUCGCUUGUGCGACACCGACAAGAGACAUCCAAAUCGUCUCGGUUGAAGACGGAGCCCACCAGCGAGUCUUCUCCGGAGCACACAACGGAGACAUAACCUCCCUGGCCUGGUCACCUAAUGGAGCAUUGUUGGCUAGUGCCGGCGCAGAUGACCAACUCGUUAUAUGGGAGACCAAGACUCAAGCCAUGUUGAAACGAUUCAAUUACGAAAGAAUCAUCAACCUUGCCUGGCAGAGCACUGGCGAGAACAUUUUCAACUGGACAACCUCUCAGGGCGAGCUGUUCAUAAUCCCGGAAUUCCUGAAAGAUGAAGCACAUGUCCGACUACUUAAAAGCCCGAAAGUCAGAGCACCCUUCUUCCAUGACCCCUUAGACGACAAGGCCGCAGUCGCUAACGGUCGUAAACCGCUCGUCAACGGCCAGGGCAAGCGAGCUGGUACCCCAGAUAGUCUAGACGAGCUCCUCGGGCCAGAGGACGAGUACGACUGGAUUGAGGAUGACGAUGGCGCCGGCUACAUCAACGAAAACGGGAAACGAACGAACGGCCACCUCGGACAGGCCAACGGCCAUGCCAUGAAACGCAACAAGCAGGAACUGUGGCAACCACACAUCCACAAGCCAUUCCAGCCGGGUGCCACCCCUUGGCGAGGAAACCGGAAAUACUUGUGCCUCAAUUUGAUUGGAUUCGUCUGGACGGUCGACCAGGACACCCAUAACACAGUUAGUGUCGAGUUCUACGACCGAGAGGUGUACCGUGACUUCCACUUCACCGACCCCUUCCUCUAUGAUAAGGCCUGCUUGAACGAGAACGGCACGCUCUUCUCAUGUGCCUCGAAGGAUGGCCAGCCUGCAAUGAUCUUCUACCGACCGCAUGAGACUUGGACGACUCGCUCAGAUUCGCGCAUCAGCCUACCGGACGGAGAAGAGGCAACGUGCAUUGCGCUUAGUAGUCGUUACAUCGUGGCUGUCACGAACAAGCAUUAUGUGCGUGUGUGGACGCUGUUUGGCACGCCUGUCCGGCUGUGGCGCAUGAAAAGUUCUCCCUCUGUGACUUGUGCUGCAUGGGGAGACUUCGUCAUGACAGUCGGGAAUGGGCCUGUCGGUGCGGAUGGAUGUACGCGAUUGAUGUACAGUAUUGAUGACGUGCGGCGGGACGAGAAUUGCCAGAAUGAAGAUUUUGUCGCGCUGGGUACGUUGCCGGCAGAUUCGACUGAAGAGGAAGUCAGUUUGAAGACUCUGUUCUGGAGCGAUGUGGGCGACCCGUGCGUCUACGAUAGUAAUGGUGUCUUGUUGACGUUGCUGCAUUGGCGAACGCCGGGGCAGGCGAAGUGGGUGCCAUUACUAGAUACCAGAUUGCUGGACAGACUGAAGAACGGGAAGAAGGAGGAGACAUACUGGCCUGUCGCUGUGGCGGCGGAGAAGUUCCAUUGUAUCAUUCUCAAGGGUGGGGAUAAAAGUCCGUAUUUCCCACGGCCGUUGCUAACGGAGUUUGACUUUCAAAUUCCUGUGUCAAGGCCCGUGGAGAAGGGUGACGAGGAUGAAGAAGAGACCAGCGCUGAGGCCGUGGUGAGGUUAGAGGAGGCUUUCGUGCGGUCCUCGACGCUGUUGGGAUUGGUGGAUGAUUUGGUCCAAGGGCUGGGUGACCGGGCAGGUCACGCCCAGAAGACCGAGGUCAUAAAGAGGGAGAUUGAUGUGGAUAAGAUUCUGCUGCAGUUGCUGGCAGUGGAGUGUCGCGAGGGUGAGGACAGGGGGAUGAAAGCACUGGAGAUUGUAGGCUUGUUGAGGGACAGGAGUGGGAAGAUGCUCGAGGCUGCGGCCAAGGUAGCUGGUCGAUGGAAUAGGACGGUACUGGAGGAUAAGAUUAGAGAUUAUGCUGAGAGGAGGUUGAUGGGUAUGGAGGAGGAUUGCUGAAUCUGCCUCGGAGAUGCUGGCUCUGAUGGAGUUGCUGUACUUGGACAGGAUGCUGCUACACGGUCACGGAAGCGACGAGUCUCAGGUAAUAGUGGGUUGGGUAAAGGCCAAGAUUAACGAUUGCACGCUUGAAGGAAUGUUCGUUCAUGCUUGUAUACAAAGUUCAUGCAAUGCUCC